UAUUUUUGUUACGGAUGCUUUUACAUAAGCGAAUGUGUAAUCGAAAGUAUGGUAAGUUUGGAAGUUCGUUAAGAUGAUUUUAUUAGAAGCAAACGAGUUUGAAACCAACGUUCGCAUGUUAAGAACAAGUUUACAUGAUACGACACGAUUUUAUCUUAUUUCAACGCAGUCAAGAAUAAUAAUUAAACAAUGGAAUUUGAUCCGAUUCCUAAAAUACCUUCUGGAAAAGAAGCAAGCGUUCAAUUGCACGAGCUAGAUCACCAAGUUAAACAGCUUCAGAAGAGGAUGAUCCAAUACUGUCCAUUGGAUAAAUCACUGAACCAUCUUGAUCACGGAUAUCCCGAUAAACCAAUGACGAAUCAUAUUUAUUCAAAUCGUGUUCCGUUAAAUUCUACGGGCGAUGAGUUUGACGACGUUGAAGCUUACAAAAAGGAGAUUGAAAAGAUGAGGCGCCAGAAUAACAAAUUAGUCUUGGAAGCGGCGUAUUUGAAAAACGAAAACUCAACUUGUGAAAGACGACUGCGAGAAGAGGCCUUGCUUCGGGAGAGCUUACAAGAGGAACUACAACGUCUUGCAAGAACCGUCGAAUCGAACGAAAGAUAUUCCUCUCAUACGAAAGACGAAAAUUUUAAUCUAGUCAAUUCGCAUACUGAAAAUAUAAAAUUGCUUAAUGAACAGCUGCAAAUAUUUCAACAAGAUUAUGAGGAAGAGCGGCGGGAGUGUGAAAAAUUACGUGUACAUAACAAGGAAAUUGAAGCACAGCUGGAAGAAGCGAAGGAGACUUUAGAACGUCAACAAAAGAAGCUCCUCCUAUAUUCGCAAUUGUUUUCGAAUCCUAUACGAACACAUGUAAACCUUUCCACGUCAACACCGUAUCACCCAUCUUCAUCGAAGUCUUCUACGGCUCCAAGUUCACCUCAAUAUUCACCAAAAGAACACAAGCAGUCUUCUCAUAGACUGACGUCUAGACACCAUAAAUCUAACGAUCAUAUAGUAGAAGCUACAAUAUCAUCGUCUGAAGAUCAGCCUCGGCGAAAAUAUUCACAGCCGUUGACGUCGUUUAAUUAUGAGAGUUUUGAUUGGGACAACGAGAAGGAAUUUAUAUCAAAAGGUGUUCCUACCAGAAAGACGUUUACCUACCGUCUUUAAAAAAGAACGACGGAGAUAAUCUUAAAAUGGACUGGUUGUGAAUGGUAAUGCCUUCUUUUCUUUACAGAGGAAAAAACACCUGUGUGGAAGUGUUUCACUAUGACAUACACCAAGAAAUGGUGGGAAAAUCCUCAAUCAACCUAAGAAACAAUAAUAAAGUCGAGAAUUCAUAUAUAUAUUUAUAUAAAUAUAUAUAUAUAUAUAUAUUAAUUAUGUAUAGAAAUAAUGUAUAGUAGCUAUAGUAUGCAUAUAUGUUAUAUAUAUAUAAACAUGUUUAUAACGAAAGAGAAUUGCUAAAUUAUAA